UUUGUUUAGAUCUCGCGUUCGCGUCGUUUUUACAUUUAGAUGAAACGUGUUGGCUCCGCCCCAUGACGGCGCAUGAAAAUGACGUCACGAACGUAAACAAGAGGAUGUCGCACAGGCAAAGUCAAGUAAGAGAAAUGAACGGUCAAGCGGAUGUCGAAGUUGACUACAAACGGAAAUACAAAAAUCUUAAGAGGAAAUUAAAGUUUCUUGUUUAUGAGCAAGAAUGUUUUCAAGAGGAGCUGAGGAGAGCGCAAAGAAAACUUCUUAAAGUUUCCAGAGACAAAAGCUUCCUGCUGGACAGACUGCUUCAAUAUGAGCGGGUAGAUGAAGACUCAUCAGAUUCUGAAGCAACUGUGUCUUCAGAAAACAGUGAAGGAGAAGGACCCAGAGAGAGGGAAAGGGAGAGAGAGGUAGUAAAGAAGCGAAGAAGUAGUCCUGGGACAUGUCUUCCGUCGUCAUCAUCAUCUUCUCAUCUCUCCCUUUUGUCCCGUCCAAGUGUAAAUCCCCUGCAGUCAUCAGGCUCUGGACCCUACCUCAACACUAUGCCCUUCCCCCCGGAGUAUUUGGCUCCCCCAGCAGAACGCAUGAAGAAAGAGAGAAAAACAAAGACACCCAAAAACAAGAAAGAGACUUCGGGGAAGGUUGUCAACCCAAUGGCAGCUAAUUAUGCAUCGGCUUCUGCAGCCCCUCCGGCAGCCAGUGGCCCCUUCAGCUGGGUUCCCAAACAGAUGCUUAGUGGAGAUGCAGCUGAGGAGGAGGGUGAGAGUGAUGCAGACAGCGACAGAGGCGAUGAGGAUCGAGGGGAGGGAGAUGAGGCUGAACUUGUCAUUGACAUUCCUAAUGAGUGAGCCCCGGUGUGUGUUUAAAUGUAUUUAUAAGCAGGGCGUAAGUGGGUGGUACGUGUGUGAGAGGGUGAGACACAGAAGGUGACUGAAUUUAUUUCUGUGUUCAGCUCUCCAUAACUCACCUUCAACAUGGGAGCCAAGCUCCAUCGUGUGGGGUUUUGCAGAACUGCAGCCUCAUUGUUUCAAAAUAUGUUCCAGCGAAUUUUGUUUUUCAAAUUUUAUCAUGAUAAUUUAGUCUGUGGCACAACUACAGUGUAUUGUUGUGUAUAUGACUGGAUACUUUUUACACAUGUCAAGGUACCUACAGUACAGAUUGUUGUGUUAACAGUCUAAGAAUUCACAACUGUCACUAAAUCUAGGCGUGCCGUUCAAAGACAAAUAUUCUAUUGGUCUUGCAUCGUCUGCAACCGCAGUCUCAGAUAUCGUUUUACUUAACUACUGUAGUCCACAAAUAUUCUAUUGGUCUUGCAUCGUCUGCAACCGCAGUCUCAGAUAUCGUUUUACUUAACUACUGUAGUCCACAUCUAUUAAUGUAAUAGAGAUGGAUGGGCGAUUAAAAUGCUGAGUCAUGUUUUCCUGUUACAGUUUUGCUACUGGUCAUUUGCAGUUAUACUGCAAGUAUCUCCAUCCGAUUGUCUGUGUAUUUUUGCACCCAUCAAUGUGUGUGUGUGUCUGAGAAUAAAAUGGUAAACAUGA